AUAAAAUAAAAUCAUUAUUAAUAAGCCCAGCAAAGCUUUCUAACGGCUGUUUCUCGAGGAACGCUGCAACUUUAGUACAAGUCAAGAAACCUAGCUUUCGCUUCCCUCUGUGGAGAAGCAUGGUAAGAUUUAAGAAUAGGUACUUUGUAAUGGAGGUAUUUUUGGAUCCAAAUAAAGAUCUUGGUACAGAUGAUCCCAUUAUAAUUACUCAUUUAAAUGUGUCAAAAGCAAUCAAGGAAAGCGUUCUUGCUAACUUUGGUGAAUGUGGUCUUGGCUCAUCAAUUGGUUCGUUUCAAGUUAAAUAUGUGAAUCCAAUAACGAAAGUUUGCAUCAUCCGAACGUCAAAGGAAGAGCAUCAAAAAGUUUGGUGUGCAAUGACCAUGGUCAGGGAUAUUGGAAACUGCCCAGUAGUGUUUAACUUGUUGGACUUGAGUGGAAGCAUCAGAGCCUGUAAAGAUGCAGCUUUGAAGUGUGAAGAACAAAAGUUCGAGAUUUACAAGAAAGAGGCUGGACCUCGCGUCACAGCUGAGAUCAAUCAAAUGAUGCAAAAUUUUCUUGAGAAGAUCAAAACUUUGGAGCUCUGAGUGAUACAUAAUUAGCAAGUGCAGUGUUGUAAACUCUACAGUUUGCAUAAGGGACAGCUAUAUAGGAAUAGUUAAUCCUAUCGAAAAAAUUGCAACUUGGAAGCAGAAGUUUAUUGUUAUGACUAGGAAAUGUCUCCACAAAAUUGUGAUUGUUCAAUGCUCAUACUGAUAUCGACAUUAUGUAUUUGUUAUUAUUCCAAAACAUGUAAAUGUAAAAGCUAAAUCUGUCUUGCAUAUUAUAA